UUGUCUCCUCCAAAUUGCCUCCCCAGUUUUGGUAAACUGAAAACCCCCCACCACCAUCGUUCAAUUCAAUGCAAUGCACCCACUUCGAUCCCUUUCCCUUUCUUUCGGGGUCGCUAUUAAAUUUGAUAACGUCCCGCUUUUAGCUCUGUCGCCUUUAUUACCACCAUCUCUCCUUUUUCUCUGCCGCUCUUUUCCUUUUCCCGAAUGAAUGCGGCCGGAACAAAGCCGCUGCCGGGAAUCGCUACUCCGAAGGCGGGAUUCUGGACCUCGCGCGACGCGAACGCUGCGACUAAUCUCAAACCGAGGAGGAACGGGGGUGGCGGUCGCUGUUUGAGAAUCAAGGCUAUGGAAGACUCGCCGGUGAGCUUGAACCAAGCGGGGAGGGUUGAUGACCGUGGCAUCGGGGCAAAGGAGUCGUGCUUGGAGGCUGUAACGGUUAACGGGCACUCUCACGCCGGGAAUAAUCUAUCUACAGUAGGGAAUUCAACAAACAUCAAGUGGCACGAUUGCCCGGUUGACAAAAAGAAAAGGCAAAUGUUGCUGAAUCAGAGAGGUUGUGUCAUAUGGAUCACGGGUCUCAGUGGUUCAGGGAAGAGCACUGUGGCUUGUGCGUUGAGUCAAAUCUUGUAUCAAAGAGGGAAGUUGUCUUACAUUCUUGAUGGAGAUAAUGUAAGACAUGGUCUAAACCGCGAUCUUAGUUUUAAGGCAGAAGAUCGUGCAGAGAACAUCCGCCGAGUUGGUGAGGUAGCUAAGUUGUUUGCUGAUGCUGGAGUAAUUUGCAUUGCAUGCCUGAUCUCUCCCUACAGAAAGGAUAGGGAUUCCUGUCGUGCUAUGUUACCAACUGGAGAUUUUAUUGAGGUGUUCAUGGAUGUUCCACUCCAAGUUUGUGAAGCCAGAGACCCAAAGGGAUUAUAUAAGCUUGCUCGUGCUGGGAAAAUCAAGGGUAAUAUAUGUUCCCGUUUUGCAGGCUUUACUGGUAUUGAUGACCCAUAUGAGCCACCAACAGACUGUGAGAUAGCACUGAAAUGCGAGGUGGGUGACUGUGCUUCCCCACAGCAGAUGGCGGAUACAGUCGUUAAUUUCUUGGAGGCAAAGGGAUACCUCCAACCAUGAGAAAAGUUCAUUAUACAAGAACAAAACUUUACCAAGCACGAAAACAAGCUUGGAAUAUGGACAGCCAUUUAUGUUGGUUUACCUCAUCCAUUAUGUUCUCCUACAGGACAUUAGUUUCUGCUGUGUUCUGUUAUUUUUUCCUCCCCUGUUUUGUGGUCUUCUUUUGUUUUCUUUCUGGUAUCGUCUUAUUCGACUUAUUUAUAUUGCAAUAUCACUGUUAAGUUGUGAAGAAAGUCUGUAGUAGCAGUAGUAGUAGUAACUAGUAAGAGAGAGGGAUUGGUGCAAAAACUGGCAUUUCUGGUCCAGUGGUAAUCAGUCGCGGAGCAACAAGAGGAUGAGUAACCACCUCAAAUAUGAAAUACAAAAAAAAAAAAAAAAAAAAAAAAAAUAUUGUGAAAUUAGUAUUGGGUUGUUCUCGAAAAGUCAGUGAUAGUGUAUUUUAGUGAGAGUAUUUUGUGCAGAAAUGAUAGUUUAAUCAUGAUUCAAUUCUUUCAUAUUACCGAUCUAA